UUUAGUUGUAAUAUAAGAGUUUGUCGUCUAUAAUGAGCAAUAUUUACAUCCAGGAGCCACCCACCUCGGGCAAGGUGCUGCUGAAGACCACAGUGGGCGACAUCGACAUCGAGCUCUGGGCCAGAGAGUGUCCAAAGGCAUGCCGCAACUUCGUGCAACUAUGCUUGGAGGGAUACUACAACAACACUGUAUUCCAUCGCCUGGUGAAAGGAUUCAUAGUGCAGGGCGGCGACCCCAACGGCGAUGGAACCGGAGGCGAGUCCAUUUACGGGCAGCCGUUCAAGGACGAGUUUCAUUCGAGACUGCGGUACACGCGCCGCGGCCUGAUGGGAAUGGCCAACUCGGGCAAAGACGACAAUGCCUCGCAGUUCUUUUUCACGUUCGCAGAGACUCCCGAGCUUCAGAGCAAGAACACACUCUUCGGCAAGGUCACAGGCGACACAAUCUACAACAUGCUCAAGCUGGAGGACGGCAUAGUGGACCACCAGGAGAGGCCCAUGCACGCUCAUCGAAUUCUAUCCACCGAGGUACUCACCAAUCCCUUCGAAGAUAUUGUGCCGCGAGCAAUCGCCAAGGCCGAGAAAAGUAAAAAAGUCAAGAAACAACGACAGGGCGUAAAAAACUUUGGGCUGCUUUCGUUUGGAGAAGAGGCCGAAGGCGACGAGGUGGAGACAACCGUGUUCGUCAAGCAGAACGCCGGAAAGGCCAAAUCGCUGCACGACGUCACAGAUGAUCCGAAGCUAAGCAAGGAACCGAUUCAAGUGCCCAAACAGGAACGUGCUGAUAGCGAGGAGCCUUUGCCGAAUGACGAUGAGGAAAGUGACAAGGCCACGUCUUCAACUGGCAAAUUCUCCGACCUCAUCAAGAAGAAACUAUCAAAGACUGCCAAGACAGAUGCCCGGCCCCAGAAGAUCACCAAGAGUGUCCUUGUGGAGAGUGAUCCGGAGGACGAGGACGUCCUAAUGACCCGAGAGCAAGAACAAAAACUAAAUAUCUCUAAAGAAAAAACCAAGAUUCGCGAAGAAAUUGCUUCUCUUAAAAAGCAAUAUCAGAUGGACAAGAUCAGCAAAGACAAGCUGGCCAAUGGCCCGGAGAAGGCUCAGAAAGAGUCACACAUUAAGGGCGGCAGUGAAAAUCAUUAUAUCAAUGACUUUAUUGAGUCGAAGGAGAUAUACACUGCCAAAGGAAAGCUCCAGCCAAAAGGACAGUCCAGGGAGGAAUUCACACUAAAGUUGUUGGCCAAAUUCCGUACCAAAGUGGCCAGCUUGAAGCACAAGGAGGGCUCUGAGGACGACGAAGCAGUUGCAGAUGCCGAACCAAAGGAGUUCGACAACGGAACAGUUGAGAAAGAGAUAGUUGGAGACGACUGGCUGUCGCACACGUUAAAUUUUAACAGCACAGCUCCCGUCCUGGCAAAGGAUGCGAACAGCAAGGGCGACGAUUGGUACGAUGCCUACGACCCUCGCAACCCCCUCAAUAAGCGCAAGCGCGGGGCCAACAACACCAGCUCUCCUAGCAAAUCGAACUUUAAUAAAAAGAAGUAAAAUACAUUAUUCCUUAGAAACUA